GUGGCCUUUUUUGCGCCUUCCGGAAGAAACUUUGCUCCCCCUGCUUUUGAUUGCUCUUGAGGUAGGGGAUUUCAGGUUUGGAGGGAUGAUAAGCGAUCCUGCAGCCCUUUCACUUCAGGUAAUGGUGUGGCCGAGGACAGGGACCCGCGGCCCGGAGGCAGCCCUUCGUUCUCUGUUCUGGGUCAGGUACUCCUCAAGCCGUCGCCGAAAUCCCCGUUCUUCCGUGAAUUGGCCAGAGACUGCUGCUGCUUUGAAACGUACUCUAGAAGCCCUGAUGGACAGAGGGGCAGUAGUGAGGAACCUGGAGAACCUGGGCGAACGGGCGCUUCCUUACAAGAUGUCCUCGCAUAGUCAGCAGCACACCCGAGGAGGGUAUUUCUUGGUGGAUUUUUAUACACCAACAACAACUGUUGACGGCAUAAUGGAGUAUCUGUCUCGAGACACUGAUGUGAUUAGACCGAAUAUUGUAAAACACCCUCUGACUCAGGAAGUGAAAAAGUGUGAAGGGAUCGUCCCAGUCCCACUUGAAGAGAAGCUGUAUUCCACGAAGAGGAGGAAGUGAGAAGAUUCGCCAGAUCUUAGCCUUAUAUUUAAUUCUCUUACUUUUGAGCACCGUGGAUUAAUAAUUUACAAGCUUGACCUUUAUAUAAGAGGGUGCUGCAGGUGCCACUUGAUUUUUCUGAGAUAUUUUUAGCUCUUGAUCCUCGUUGCUGUGGGAAGUAGGGGCAUGGCUUGCUUAGAGCCUCUUUGUGAUAUGUGGUCCCCGCAAGGCUUCCUCGAUUCUGUUUCCUGAAUGUAAUUUGUCAGGACUUUUGUCCUGCAACAACACUAACACUAUUUUGAAGAGCAAAGCUUAUAAAAACUGCCUUGGGUUGCAAGCUAGUCAUUCAGACUGUAUACAACCAUGCAAAAUAAAAUUUUAAGACCAUCGUA